CGUGUCGACAUGAAGAACCGCCUCAUCGUUGCUCUACUGUUGCUAUGGCUUUGUACAGGUGCUCACUGUGCACCACCUGGAUCAGACACAUUUAAUUUAGAUGGUGUCGAUUUCUAUCAGCUCUUCAAUGAUCCAGAGGGACACCUUAAGCUGAAUCCCAGACUUAAAACAGAUGAUCGCAUUAGGGCUCAUGGAUAUCCGGCGGAACUGCAUCAUGUGCCCACCGAGGAUGGCUAUAUAAUUGGACUGUUCCGCAUACCCUAUUCACAUAAGCUGCAAAAUCAGCAAACCAAUCGCCCCAUUGUGCUCAUGCAGCAUGGCAUAUCAGGCAGCUCCGACAAUUGGAUCUCGAUGGGUCCGGAUAAUGCUUUGGCCUUUCAACUAGUUGACGCCGGCUAUGAUGUGUGGAUAGGUAAUGCACGCGGCAAUACCUACUCCCGGAAUCACACGUGGCUGUCCACGCAGCAUCCCUACUUCUGGCGCUUUAGCUGGCAUGAAAUUGGCUACUUCGAUAUUGCGGCCAUGAUCGACUAUGCAUUAAAGGCAAACGGACAGGGGCAAGAAGCCAUUCAUUACGUUGGACACUCCCAGGGAACGACCGUUUUUCUAGCGCUCAUGUCCACACGUCCUGAGUACAAUGCAAAGAUAAAGACAUCCCAGUUGCUGGCUCCCGUUGCCUACAUGAACAACAUGGGCAGUCUGUUGGCAAAAGCGACGGGACCCUAUCUGGGGCAUCGGACUGUGUAUGCCCUAAUGUUGGAGUCACAAGAGUUUCUGCCCUACAAUGACUUUUUACUGGCCUUCCUUUACAACACUUGCGGACCGGACUCGAGGUUUCUCAAUUACUGCAAGCAGCUGCAUAACAUCAGCAACAAAGGACGCGCCAAUUCGACUGCCACUGCGAUCAAUGCUGUAACCACUCCCGCAGGUGUUUCCACCAAUCAGUUCUUGCACUAUCUACAGGAACAGCAGUCGGGACACUUCAGGCUCUACGACUUUGGCGCUAAGAAGAAUUUGAUUGCAUAUAAUGCGGAAGUGCCUCCUGAUUACCCAACCAAUCUAAUUAACUGUGAGACGCAUCUGUGGUACGCGGAUAACGAUGAAAUGGCCGCAGUAGAAGAUGUUCGACGAUUGGCUGAAGCUCUGCCCAACAAAGUGAUGCAUCAUAUGGAAGAUCCCUUGUGGAAUCAUGGCGACUUUGCGACUAACUGGGAGGUGCGCAAAUACAUCAAUGAUCCCAUAAUUCAAAUUAUGAACGAAUUUGAAGACGCUUUACAGAAUUGAUAUAUAAGCGCCUUACGAUAAAACAUUUAAUCACUAAUCAAACGUUUUUAUUUUCAAAAGCAAACACCAUAAAAUUUUUAUUAUU